GGGACUGGGUGAUAGCAGCUGGGCUCAGGAGACGCAGGAGCUUGGAGGGAGGUGCCGGAGGCGAGGUGGAGGAAAGGCGGCAGGCUUCGUUUGGAGCCCGAGCCCGGCUGCCGCUCAGGAGCCCCGCAGUUCUCUGAGGGUGCCCCCAUCAGUGCGGCCGGCUAGCGGGUCUUGGCGCCAUGAUCCAGAAUGUUGGAAAACACCUGCGAAGGGGCCUCACCUCCGUGUUCUCCAGCCACACAUCCCGGAAGUCGGCCUCCAGGGCCGAGAAGUGUGGAGCCAUGGCAGAUGGCGAGGUGUACCGGAACCCCACAGAGGUGCAGAUGAGCCAGCUGGUGCUGCCCUGCCACACCAACCACCGUGGAGAGCUGAGCGUCGGGCAGCUGCUCAAGUGGAUCGACACCACAGCCUGCCUGUCUGCGGAGAGGCACGCUGGCUGCCCCUGUGUCACGGCUUCCAUGGACGAUAUCUAUUUUGAGCACACCAUUAGUGUUGGACAAGUGGUGAAUAUUAAGGCCAAGGUGAACCGGGCCUUCAACUCCAGCAUGGAGGUGGGCAUCCAGGUGGCCUCUGAGGACCUGUGCUCUGAGAAGCGGUGGAACGUGUGCAAGGCCUUGGCCACCUUUGUGGCCCACCGGGAGGUCUCUAAGGUGAAGCUGAAGCAGACCACACCUCGGACCGAGGAGGAGAAGACCGAGCACAGCGUGGCGGCCGAGCGCCGGCGCAUGCGGCUGGUCUACGCUGACACCAUCCAGGACCUCCUGGCCAACUGUGCUAUUCAGGAUGAUCUGGAGAGCAGAGACUGCAGCUGCAUGGUGCCUGCUGAGAAGACCCGUGUGGAGAGCGUGGAGCUGGUCCUGCCGCCCCAUGCCAAUCACCAGGGCAAUACUUUUGGGGGCCAGAUCAUGGCCUGGAUGGAGAACGUGGCCACCAUUGCAGCCAGCCGGCUGUGCCGUGCCCAUCCUACCCUGAAGGCCAUUGAGAUGUUCCACUUCCGGGGCCCAUCCCAGGUUGGGGACCGCCUGGUGCUCAAGGCCAUCGUGAACAACGCCUUCAAGCAUAGCAUGGAGGUGGGCGUGUGUGUGGAGGCCUACCGUCAGGAGGCUGAGACUCGCCGGAGGCACAUCAACAGCGCCUUCAUGACCUUCGUGGUCCUGGAUGCAGACAACCAGCCUCAGUUGCUGCCCUGGAUUCAGCCCCAGCCUGGGGAUGGUGAGCGGCGGUACAGAGAGGCCAGUGCCAGGAAGAAGAUCCGCCUGGACAGGAAGUACAUCGUGUCCUGUAAGCAGGCGGAGAUGCCCCUCUCUGUCCCGUGGGACCCUAGCAACCAGGUGUGCCUGAGCUACAACAACGUCUCCUCCCUGAAGAUGCUUGUGGCCAAGGACAACUGGGUGCUGUCUUCGGAGAUCAACCAGGUCCGCCUGUACACUCUGGAGGAAGACAAGUUCCUCUCCUUCCACAUGGAGAUGUUGGUACAUGUGGACGCAACCCAGGCCUUCCUGCUGCUCUCAGACCUGCUCCGGAGACCCGAGUGGGACAAGCACUACCGGAACGUGGAGCUGGUUCAGCAGGUGGAUGAGGACGAUGCCAUCUACCAUGUCAUCAGCCCUGCCCUUGAUGGCGAUGCCAAGCCCCGAGACCUCGUGAUUCUGGCCUCUCGGAGGAAGCCUUGUGACAAUGGAGAUCCCUACGUCAUCGCCCUGAGGUCAGUUACACUACCCACACACCCGGAGACCCAAGAGUACAGGCGUGGGGAGACCCUCUGCUCAGGUUUCUGCUUCUGGAGCGAGGGGGACCAGUUGACUAAGGUGUCCUACUACAACCAGGCCACCCCAGGCUUUCUCAACUAUGUGACCACUAACGUGGCUGGCCUGUCUUCUGAGUUCUACACUACCUUCAAGGCUUGCGAGCAGUUCCUCUUGGACAACCGGAAUGACCUGGCUCCCAACCUCCAGACCCUCUAGGCCCACUCAGUGGCCAUGUCGUGCCUACUCCCACCCCAUCCUGCUCCCAAGGACACACAUGCAGUGCAAUGAAGAAGGCAGAGGUGUUUAUUCUUUCCUGCCUCCCCUGGGGAAGCCUUGACCCAGGCCAAGGCAGAUGGCCAAGGGUGGAGAGGUGGACCAGCAUGGCCUGGGAUGGCUGGAGGGCUGUGGGCUCUUCUACGUGCAGAAUACCACUUCUGGCCCAGAACCUUUGGGUUGUCAGUUUCUGCCAACAUCCGCCAGCAAAGCUGCACGGUAAUUCUGGGGCAGCCUGUAGUAGACUCGGGUUCUGUCCACCGCCCUGGCUGCCAGCAGCACUGCCUGCAUGGAUGCGUAGCUGCCCCCAGCAGGGUUGUGCUCCACUGUGACAGUGGCUCGGGGAGAGGCUGCCAGCAGCCUGGCCACGGCUCCAGCUGCGCUCUGGCCCAGUGGCCCAGCCUGAAGCUGGAACGACACAGGUUGCCAGAGGCCCUGGCACAGCUCCAGCAUAUCUGUGAGCAGCUGUUCCCUGUAGCCACUGCCCAGCACUUCUUCAGGCCAGCCUGGUGCCACGGUCACAUGGGGGAAAACCUCAGCCACAGUUGUAAGUAACUCCCUGCCAGCCACAUGUCCAGAGACUGUAAAACUCCCAUGAGAGAUUGUGGCCCCGAGCCACACAGGCCGAGGAAGAUAGCCAAGGGUAGAGAGGUGGGCCAGCAUGGCCAGGGAUGGCCGCAGGGCUGCGGGCUCUUCUAUGUGCACAUGUAUGCCCCAGCGUCCAGGGCGUGUGGCAAGCUGCUGCAGGAACAUCUCCAGUGUCAGGGCAGGGCCACCUGGGACACGUAUAAUGGGCACGGGGUCCCCAGCUGCAGGCUCUUGGAGGCCAAUGUUCAGCAGUAUCAUGCCAUCUCUGUCUGGAAGAGGCAGUGAAGCAAGUGUCUGGGGUUUGGGUUGACACUGGGGUGUCAAGGGCCCUUGUUAAAGGGUUGGUAGGGCAGUAUUGGGGACAGCAGAGGAGGAGUAUCUGGAGCCUUGUUGGCUGGGUCUGGGCUUCCAGUGGAAGGGCUGCUUUAUAAAUGUGCCUGGGGGGAUAUGGUGCUAGCUCAACUCGAUCUUUGCCUGUGGCUCUGCCCUGGGACCGAUGCCUGCUUCUCCUGCAGGGCAGUAUGGCUCAGGGUUGAAAGGCACUUGUCUGAAGGCUAGCGGCUCCAUGCUUUUGAUAACACUGUACUCCCCUGACCUUGUAUACAACAUAUUGCCUUAGUAACAGAGACCCCCGGUACCUAUCCCAAGCAAAGGAGAUCCCCCACCCCCCAGCUAGGAGCAUGGGGGCUGUAGGCAGACCUUACCUGGGAGUUGUGUUCCUGUCCCUCUGUUGUCCUGAAUGUCAGGAAUCAGCCACUCCACACUCAGACCAUCACCCCCAGGUUGCUGGACAAGAGGGAUCAGGCUGCCCCCCGUGUAGUAAAUUUGCUUCCGUGUGGCAUUCCCUGUGAAGCCCCAAAUUGUCAAGAGAAAGUGGCUGCCAUUCACAGAGUGCCUUCUGUGUGCCACCAGCCCACAUGUAUUAUCUUUAAGCCUCACAGCAUCCUGCCAGGUAGCUGUAACUCCCGUUUUGGAGAUUAACAAAAGUGGCUUGCCCAAGGUUCUAAAGCCAAAAGGCAGAGUUGCUGGGAUUUGAAUCUGAAGCCAGGUCUACCUGGCCCCAAACCCAGUAUUCCUUUCCUUCACCUAGAUGGUUCCCAUGGCAGGAAUCUUGUCUGAUGGGUCCCCUUUGAGAUGUUAACUGCAGACCCUCCGAGAUGCUGGGUCAAGGGAAUGAGGGGUUUGAGCAAGGGAACAGGUAGCAUCUGGAUCACUGAUUAGUGGGUACAGUGGCGGGACUGCUGUCUGGAACAGGAGAGUAAUCGGCAAGGGAGGUUACCUGUGCUGCAAGGGAAGGUCUGUGGGGUUUGGAAUUUGCUGGGUUCCUAUCUGAAUACAAUACACAUAUAGGCUGAACAACUUGUAUAAGUUGCAUAAUGGCUUUGAGCCUCAGUUUCCCUAUCUAUAAAAUGGAAUCCCUGGUUCAUGGAUAUAUGAAAUGUAGUUAGCGUGCCAUGCUGGAGUGUGGUAUACAAUAGAUGCUUGAAGGAUUCCUUCCCCUUUUCUACCCAGGAUAUUCCUCUUCUGAAGUCCCAUCCCUCCACUUCUCUCCAGUGCCCACCAAGUGCUGCCUCUGUGCAGAACCCAGCCCUUCCCUGCCCUCCCUAGGCCCUUCCCUACCGGUGAGCUGCUUGAACUGCGACAGGACAGGCUCAAAAAGGUCAUAGUAGACUCUGUGGAUGGCGCAGUUGUCCCGGAUAUAGAGAAGAUCAUCCACUGAUACUUGGUCCGUGACGCUCUGCCACAGUGUCAGGCUGUACCUGGGGCCCAGAGAGCCAGCUCAGUCCUGGCCUCAGUACCCAUGCCCUCAGAACCGGACCCUAGCUGGGCAGGGUUGGAGCAUCUGGCCUCCAGGGUCCCACCAGCCCCCUUUCCCUGAGCUUUACCCUCUUUGGGGCAGAAGAAGCCACAGGGGCUUCAGGAAUGAUGAGUGACAGAGGCUGGGGGGAGGGGUGACCUGCCUUCCUCCUCAUUUGCAGUGUCUGUUUCUGGUUCCUGUCUUAGGAAAGGGACAAGGACAGAAGGGGAUAAGCACGGGGAAGGGGGACAAGGUCAGACAUGAAGGGAAAGGGGGCUGCCUCGGGACUCGCAUUGGGACUGGCUGAGGAAGGUGGAACUGGGUAGCUGGGAGCAGGCUUCAGGAGUGGGGAUGGGGCUUCCUCAAUCCCUACAGGACUGUCCCAGGGCAGGUGCAAUCUGUGCAGCGCCAGGGGCACAGCUGGCUCCCUGGUAGGAAGCUGUAGGGAGGCAAAUUGUGUCUUGAUAUAUAUGAAUACUUCCCAGCGGGCAGAGAGUUAUGCACCAAUGGACAGCCUGCUUUGGGUGGUAAGGAGAAGCUCAUCGCUAAAGGUAUUCAAGCAGAAAGCAGGGAUGUCAAGAGGGUGUACAUCAGCAGGGGAUGGGCCAGAUGAUCUCUAAGACCUUUCAGCCAUGAGUAUCUGGUAUCUUCCUGAGGGCAUCAGGCCUAGAGGGUGGGCGUGGGGCUGGGAGGGGCUGUGGCAG